UCAGAGAACGAACGAUGCCUGUGACUGAGACACAGACCGAAUACGCAUGGAAACAUGCGAAUGUAUCCAUCGAUCGAGUCGCAUUUCUUACGGGUCGCAACAAGGAGCCCCACCACGAGCAGCCAAGUUAAGAUGACGCCUGUCUUCUCGCGAUCUGUUGUUGCACUCCGGGCAAGUGGCACAAAGUAGAGGGGUACGGCAAACGAAAAACACAUGACCACUACAGAAAUGACCCAUGUCUUGAGAAUAUACGCCCGCUUCCUCACAACUAUCGUCGAUGUCAGAGCCACUUGGCGAAAGACCCUGAUAGGACAGGCACAACGACAGAGAAUAUGUGCUUACUAUCACAAUUCUUCUCUCACAUGAGGGGUAUGAACACCUUAAUGGGGAAAUGCAUGAACGGCGCAUAUUUGUGGCGUUUCCGCAGGGCCUCGACGUGGUGGAAAAGUGCAAAUGCCACGUAUGGGGCAAACCCAAGAAGGAAGAAAUGCCAGGUCGUCCUGAAGCGGCGGACAGCCCCAAUUCCGCUGCCCUCAGCCACAAGUAGUAUCAAAGCCAU